UAUUACCAAUCCGCGUCGAUCAUUAGAUUCUGCAAUUAGCUUAACAAAGAGCGAGUGACCGCUGAGGAGACCAUUCGGAUCAGCUCAGAGAUAAUGUUGACAAGAACUCUUUGUCUACUCGGGGCUUUUGUCUCCUUGUCGCACAUGGGUUUGUUUCCGUGGCCGGUGAGCGCGCAGUACAUGUACGACCCUAACCUGUACUUCGAGAAGAUGAAGUUCGACAUGGAGGUGCGCGGCUCCUACAACAUCGCGGAGUGCGUGUCCGACCACAUGAACUGCUGGGAGGUCGUCAAGCCGGACCUGAUCUGCAGCUACAAGGAGCACUACGCGUCCGUGUGCGACGUCCUCAGGGAGUACUGCCACGACCUCAUCGGGGACCAGCCCAAUUACUGGUACGCGAUGCAGGUGCAGGAGAUGUGGUGCAACGACUGGGAGGCGUUCACGAAAUGAAAUAAAAACAUUCGGAAAUGCAA